GCAUAAUGUCGUUAUCAUUCGCGUCGGACGCACACCAAUGAAUGAUAAAGUGAAUAAAUAGCAUUAUCUAAAGCGAUGUUGUAGUGUAGCGCUGAAUGUGGACACGACAACGUGGCUGGACGAGUCUCCCCGCUCAGGGUGCUCCUCUGCCGGCGCUCACUGACAGCUAAAAACGUCAACAAUACGAGAACAAUAUUGUCUGCAUGAACUUGUCCGGUUUACCAUUCACGCUUACGACGAAACGCGGAUAGCACGUGGCAGGCUAAUAUUAGAGCAUGCCACAACGCGCGCUCCGCCGUUUCCAACACGCGACACAGUGAAACACAGAGUGUACAUAUGUACUCGCAAGUCUGAACAUAAAUGAUAGUUAAAAAAGUGUGUGCUGACGUCAACAAUGAGCAACAGUCGCAAGUGGAGAGAAUAUGUUGCCGCACUCAGUGCUACACUUAUCACGGCAGCGGCCGGCACCACAGUAGGAUGGACAUCACCGACUCUACCCAUGUUGCUGUCUCAGGAGUCCCCUAUACAGACAUCCGAAGAUCAGAGCUCAUGGAUCGCGUCAAUCAUGAUACUUUGUUCAGCUGCGAGUCCAAUUCCUGCAUCUUACCUUGCCGAUAGGAUCGGAAGGAAGAAGACUCUUCUCCUGGCAGCAGUACCAUACAUCAUCGGAUGGAUUCUAGUGAUGCUUGCUGCAAACGUUCCUACAAUUUACGCCUCUCGUCUCAUCUCAGGGCUGGGUUACGGGAUCGCCUACACUACAGCACCUAUGUAUCUCGGAGAGAUAGCUUCAGAUGAAGUUCGCGGGGCGAUGGCAACCCUAAUUACAGUAAUGUCAAAGUUCGGCAUCCUGUCGCAAUAUUGCAUUGGGCCAUACGUCUCAAUGCUAGGUUUGGCAAGUUUUAACAUAGCACUACCAAUACUAUUCGUUGUAACGUUCAGCGCAAUGCCUGAGUCGCCGUAUUACUACAUCAAAGCAGGACUGAAAGACGAAGCAGAAUUGUCGUUAAAGAAACUAAGAGGCAAACAUUUUGUAAGAGACGAGCUAGAGAGUAUGAACAGCUUAGUCACAGAAAACAUGAAAAAUAAAAGUCGGUGGAAAGAUCUCAUAACCGUUAGAGGAAACAAAAAAGGACUCAUCAUUCUUCUGGGAAUUUAUUUCACUCAACAGUUUUGCGGCAGUACUGCGAUCAUCAGCUAUACACAGCAAAUAUUCGACGCCGCAGAAGGAGGAUUAGGACCGGCUGAGUCUAGCAUAUUAUUUGGUUCCGUGCAAUUGUUAACUUCAGCAAUCUCUUCACAAUUAGUCGACAGAUUAGGAAGGAAACCUCUACUAUUAAUAUCUUCUUGUGGAGUGGCAGUGACCAACAUCAUAAUCGGCGCUUACUUCUUCAUAAAAGACUUGAACAGUGAAUACGUCGUGAGCGUGAAAUUCAUUCCUUUAGUUGUAAUACUAAUAUUUAUAUUUUCUUACACAAUAGGCUUAGCCACUGUGCCUUUUGCUAUUACUUCAGAGAUGUUCCCCACUAAUAUUAAAUCUAAAGCGACGUGUGUCAUACAAAUAUUCGUGGCUUUGAUAACAUUUGCCGUCACGAAACUGUAUCAAGUUGUGGAUUCUAAUUUAGGGACUUAUGUGGUGUUCUGGGGUUUCGCGGUAAUGUCAGUGGCCGGUGUGAUAUUUAUUUUAAUAUUAUUGCCAGAAACGAAAGGUCAAUCGUUUGCGGCUAUACAAGAGAAAUUAUAUUCUAGUGAAAAAGUUGUUUACGAGAAAGACGAGGAUCAGAUGGCCAGUGUUAAAAUAACAUUGUGACAACUUGAGAGUGCCUUAGAUCAAUUAAAUUAAUUAUAUUUAAAAAUAAAUUCCUAUUUACGUGAAGCAAAUAAAAUUAGUAUUUUAUACGCUUCUGUUCGGAAUAAACAAGAUUCCAAGUAAAAUAAAUGUACAUAUAUCAAUAAGAAACUUACAUAUUCUGUGAUCUUGGAUACGAAAUUACGCCUUAAUUGUUGUAUUCGCUAUUGUACUUCUUUUUUGGGAAAAACUAUUAAACAUUCAAUUUUUACUAAAUAAAACAUAGAUGGAAUCUGGGGCAGACAUCUUAAGUAGACAAUGCAUGGUCCUAUUGGUAUCAUGUGACUACCCGAACUUAUAGAUAUCACAAUGCGAGUGCUCUCCCCCACUUUUAUUUCCUUUUUUGUUUUUGUUUGUUUUUUUUUUCUUAGAUGUGUGAACGAGCUCAUAGCCCGUAUGGUAUUAAGUGGUUCAGGUAUGAUAAAUAAAAGUUCACAAAUCGUUACAACAAUAGAUAAAAAUAUAUGAUUUUUCACUAAAAUUUACUAAUUCACUAUUAAGAAUGUAUUUACAUGCACUUACUUUACAUAUUUACAUGUUUUUUUUUGUUGCUUAGUUGGGUGGACGAGCUCACAGCACACCUGGUGUUAAGUGGUUACUGGAGCCAGUAGACAUCUACAACGUAAAUUCCGCCACUCAUCUUGAGAUAUAAGUUCUAAGGUCUCAGUAUAGUUACAAGGGCUGCUCUACCCUUCAAACCGAUACGCAUUACUGCUUCACGGCAGAAAUAGGCAGGAAGGUGGUACCUACCCGUGCGGACUCACAAGAGGUCCUACCACCAGUAAUUACGCAAAUUAUAAUUUUGCGGGUUUGAUUUUUAUUACACGAUGUUAUUCCUUCACCGUGGAAGUCAAUCGUCAAGAUAUCAUAAGUACGUAUUUUUAAAUUUAUUAGAAAAAUUGGUACCCGCCUGCAGGAUUCGAUCACCUUUGCAUCGCUACAUACCAAUGCACUGGACAUCUUAUCCUUUAGACCACGACGACUUCAAAAAUAUGUUGAAAAAUAUGAGGUCCGAGUCUUAAUUGCAUUAAAUAAUAGUCGUCCCAUUGCUUUGGAACAUAAAUAGGCAAAAUACCGUAUACCAAUCCGUGCUCACUCUGUUCUAGAAUAGAACCAACAUUGAUAUAUGCUUACAAAAAUUUUAUCACACAUAACUUAGGUAGUAGUACUUUUUACGCUUCCGUAGUCAUAAAUGAAAAUGUGUUAUUAUUACGUAGUUGUUAAAAAAAUACCUAUAUUGAUAAGUAAAAUUCUAAAUCUUUUAAAGUUGGUAUUUCCCGGUUUAAUUUUUACAGCAAACCCAGUCAGACUACAAAACCCUAGUAAUCACAUAGUGGGCUAAAUGACAACGUGCACGAUAUUAUUAUUUAAUGGACAACAUUCAUAAGCACACAUUAUAAGCGAGGAAUAGGCGUGUCAAAUGACUGUUUAAUAAACAAUUUUUAUUGAUGUGAUAACGCGGGCUUAGUCGGGUUUUUCAAUACAUUUAUCACGUGAUUUUCACAUGACUGUCACUUUACUAUUUCGUUUAUACUUUCAUCAUUCCACGUCAUAAUCUAUAAAUAACUAGCUGGCCCGGCAUAAGUUGUUUUAUCAUAUAAAUUAUUUCUAGGAAAGAUAAAUAACAUAGAUACCGAAUGCAGCGCCAUCUGCCGGGUUGAUUUGUAAAUCCAAACCAUUCUCGAAUCCAACUGAAGGAACGCAUGACGUCAUGUGUAGGUAUUCGUCAUGUUUGUUCUAUGGCAGCUCGUCGCUAGUAUUGGCCCCAACGCUACACGUAAUAAAACUACGUUCACAUUUUGCAAAGUUUAGGAGACAAUUUUUAAAACCGUCUUUCUGCUAUUUAUGGCAUUUCAGCAGCCCGAUUCAUCGUACCCAUUAACUUAGACGCGUGCUAGUUUAAUUCAUAUAGUCCAUAUAUUCAGUGAUAGCCACAACGAAUACGCUAAUAACAAAUAAAAAUAACCUUACGUGAUGAUGUUUUUCUGUCACGAUUUAUCGUCCUAUAAUUUCAAACAAAAAUCAACUAUAAAUCCAUUUGAAAUUAUGGAAUAAGGAAGACAGGGUUCAUAUAGUUGUUCAACUUAUUCACAACAGCUUUAUACCUACCGGGUACAGCCAAUCAAACCUACUGCCUUAAAGAUGCCUUCUCUAUAAUGUAGAUUUUAAGACUCAUGUUAAAAAAUGUACCUCGUGUUGAAUGGUGUAUUUAUUAUAAUUUAGUCAUAAGUUUAAUCGACUCUAGAUCGAAAUCAAUAAUUUGUCUGUACAUCGACAUACAUAUGUAUCUACAACAGCUUAUUAAAAAUCAUAAUCAAAUGUAUUUAGACGGCUGAUCAUUUUCAUAUGCAACCGAAGACGCAGUUCUCCACAGUUGCUGAUCUAAUUUGAAUUAAUUCUAUGUCUCGUCUAACAAUAAAUAUUUAAAAAACACAAAAAAAUCCGUCUCGAAUUGAGAAUUGCUUUUAUAAUGUUAAAAAAUAUAUAUUUACAAAUUCGCGCGUACAAAUUCCCAAACACGCGCUUGUACAUAUUAUUAUAAUAGCAUUUUUACAGUCAUGAUUCAAAGGUAGAGUAUGGUUCAAUCUCGUGUUUAUGUUAUUAAUAUCUGAUUCCGUCACUUACAACACUUUACAGUCUUCUUACUCACGGAACACUGGCAAGGUACACCGCCUUUUAUUCAGCUAAUGGAAAGCAUAAUAAGCCUGUUAUUUAUAGUCAAACAACAUCAUUUUCGAAUACUUACACGUUUCAAAAUUUAAUAGUUAAAACUAUUUGGAGUUGAAUUUAUUUAUUUUUUUCUUUUAUUUUUGUUACGAUCUUAUGUUAAGAGAAUAUCUGAGCUUAUGCCUACUAAAAAGUGAGUACUGGCACCCACCAUAGAAGAUUCAGCUCCCAAUUGUAUUAAUCCUCAAAACAGUAUGUUGUUUUUUUCAUUUCGAAAUACAAACGCGGUAGCUAUACUAAACGACAACAAGCACUAAAGACCUAACUUUUUUUUUAAUGUCCUUGUAGGCAGACGAGCAUACGGCGAGUGGUUACCGUCGGCCAUGGACUUUAGCAAUGCCAGGCGCAGACCAAAGCCGCUGCCUACCAUUAAGUAUUUUUUGCGAAUAUUUUACUAUUUUCGUGGUGACAGCUAUGAGCUUAUUGUGUGGUGUAUUCUUGCUCCUCAUAGAAGGUAUAUUAAAACUCUUCCCAAAGCCAAAAAACAAGAGUUUCUGUUUUAAGUCAAGGUGAUAACAAUAUUCAUUUUCAUUCAACUAACUUUCCUAUUUUAAAAGUUUAAAAUUUUACUGGACCACAAACUAAUGGCAAAUCAUCAACUUUACAUCAGAAUAAUAUAAUUGCAAUGUUGUUGUGUUUAGUUGUAUUUCCAUUUUAUAGAUAAGUAUUUGAAUAUUAAAAAAUAUCGAAAACACUUACAUUGUUAGUACUUUUAGUUAAAAAUGUCAUCAAUCUUAGCUAUUUACAAGUAGGAUAAUAGUUGAAUCCGCGAGUUUUGUAGAACUAAAGAAACUGUCACAAAUAAAUACACAAUAACGAAUCUCUAAUGUUUGAAUUACAGGAAUCAUAUCGAAUUUAUUUAAGUGAACAAAUGUUUAAGUCUUUACAAUUUUGCCAUAACUAUUGUUUGUUUAUUUGUGUAUGUGUGUUCUAUGCGCGUUGUUGCUACCGUCUAUCUAUAGUCGUUUUUGGCGUUUCAUUGCACGCGAGUCACAUUGAACAAAUGUAUAUAUUCUAAUUCAUAAAUGGUAAAUGAAUUUCACUAACGAGUAUGGGUAUUUCAUAAACAUUGCAGAAGUCACCGCGCGGCGUAGUUAGUCUAGUACUUAACAAUAUUAUCACUUAAUAGGUAAGUACUUGUGAUUUUAUCAAAAAAACGGCCCGCACUAAGGGUCGAUACGUUAUUCUUGUAACUGUAAAUAUCAUUAUUAUUUUUUUUGACAUUUAUUUGACACCACAUGUACAGAGUAAGCUUAAAAAACAAAUUUAAUAAUAGACGGUGACAUAAAUUGGCGGCCUUAUCGCUGAAAGCGAUCUCUUCCAGGCAACCUUGCAGGGAGAGGAAUAAACAAACUAGCAUGGACGGUGCUAUAUCUUAAUAAACUUACAUAAAAAUAUAUACUUAUAUACACAUGUGAAAAAUAAAUACAAUAUAAGAUGAUAGACUUACAUACGAUUAAAUACAAAUAAAUUCUAAAAAUAUUUGGUAGUAAAUAUGUACAAGUAAUAGAUGUGAAAUAUCUGACAAUAACAUUAUUGUAAUUUAAGUGUAGAUACGUUCAGAUUAAAAUACUAAACGAACAAUUCAAAUUAUCUGGAUACGUUCCUACAAAAACCUAAGUUUCCCAAAAUAAAUAAAUAAAUGUAUACCAGCCAUUCUAGAACGAACCAAAUGCACGCCCGAGCGAAGACUCUUUUUACACUUUACGUACAAAUAUCAGCCAAAAACGAAAUUGAAUUUAGCCAAAUUUUUGAUCUUAUACCUAACACACUAUCAUUUGAUGUGUCACUAAUUCAAUAAAUUAACUCCAUAAGCUGAAGGUGAACAGCAAAUACGGAGAAAAUUAUUUAUAAAUUGAAUUUUUAAAUCGAAUGUUUGUGCCUAAGUAAGCCAAAAUAUAUGUAUUUACAAAUGGAUGUUAAUAGUGUAUGUAAAUAAAGGGUUUUUCAUUAAGAACGCUCGAACUUAAAAAAGAAAUAAAAAAAACAAAAUUAAAAAACUGUCGUGAUAUUGCCACAAUUUCUUAAAGGGUUCAUUAUUUUAAAGGGUGUUGGAUGACAUUACGUAUGGUGUACAAAUUUAACCAAAUGGUGGUGGUGGUGUAUUCUGGUGGACCAAUUUUGUAUGACAUCUUCGCAUAAAUGAGGUUCAAUACCACGAAGAGCGCGAGUUAUGUUAUUCUUCAGGGCGGCAAUAGUCUGUGGUUUGUCUGCAAGGACCAAAGAUUUCACAUGGCCCCAUAGAAAAUAGUCAAGCGGUCUUAAGUCACACAAUCUCGGUGGUCAGUGUCACUACGCGAGAUGACGAUGCCUUCGAAUUUCUCAUCCAAUAAAUUUAAUGUUUCCCAUGCUGUAUGACAAGUUGCGCUCUCCUGUUGGAAACAGAUGUUUGUGAGAUCUAUAACAUCUAUCCUAGGCCACAAAAAGUUUGUUAUCAUCGUCCGACAUCGGUCGCCAUUGACAAUGAGAGCGACUUCCUGCGCAUAUUCCAAGAAAUAAGGGCCGAUUAUACCGCCGUACAAGAGUGUAGCGUUUCAUGAUGGAAUAUCACGACUAAAUUAUAUGUCUUCAUGGCAAAUUUGACAGCUAUCGCUUUACCAAGAUGGCCGCUAUGAGCUGUCAAAGUUCGCACGUCCGUAUUGAAUAACCCUAUAUUAAUGUAGUUUAUCAAUUUUAUUAAUAUUAGAAAAUGUUUAUUAUAGUGCAACAUUGAUAAAUUUAUGGAUUAAGGAUAUUCUACUUUUUUAAGUAAUGAACAAACCUCGAAAGAAAAACUCGUAAUUCAUUUAAAUAUAAUACACACUGUUAUUUAACGUUUUUUACCACGAUUUUCAGAAAUCAUAAGUUCCCAAUAUUUCGUUGUUGUUACAAGAGCCAUGAUCAUUAUAAUUUACUCGUUAUGUGAUAAUGUUUAUAGCCGCGACAAUUUAAAGAAGAAAAUUGUAGAAAAUAGAUACACUUUCAUUUAACUGACUGAGAAAAGUUAAGUGUACUUACAUAUAAUUUAAGUAUUAAAACGGUAAGCUGUAUAAUAUAAAAGAUAACUUAAUUAUGAAUUGCAGUUUUACCUUAAGCUUAGAGCCAGAAACUGCAUUUAAGCGAUGUGAUAAAUGUCUAUAGCAUUCCGUAUUACUUUGUAUCAUCAUGUGAUUGUAAAUCAUUGAAUCGGAAUUAAAAUCAUAUAUAUACAUAUAUAUAAAAAAUACAAACAAACUAAGCAUU